CUAAUUCAAUCUUCUCUACAUGUAUCUACUUCACAGAACCUUAGGCGCUCAUCUGCUCAACGAGAUGUCUUGGACAAGACAUAUGUUUGGCUGUUUCAUGACGUCUUUCUCAUGCAGCAGCAGUACCAAGAGCCCAAUAAUAGAUCAUGAACACACCCCAAUCAAAAAAUUCUUCGAUCAAAUGGAAGUGUUUGACGUUGUUAGAUGUACGAUGAUGAUCACCAGGUAUUGUCGUAGCGGUAGGAUUGAUGAUGCACGGCGAGUUUUUGAUAGAAUGCCUGUCCAGGACGUCGCCUCCUACAACGCCAUGAUUGCGGGCUACUUCAACAGCUGCCACUGCUGCUUGGAAGCAGCACAGACCUUGUUCAAUGAAAUGCCAGAGCGAAAUGUGAUAACGUGGACCACCAUGAUUGAUGGGUUAGCAAACCGAGGGGAGAUAGAGGCUGCACGCGAGCUCUUUGACGUGAUGCCAUGGAGAGAUGCUGCAGCUUGGAAUGCCAUGAUUGGCGGUUAUUGCAGGAAUGCAAGAAUGGGGGAGGCUCAUGCAUUGUUUAUCCAGAUGCCGGACCCGGAUGUGAUUUCUUGGACCACGGUGAUCUCUGGGUUCGAGCGGCAUGGGUGCCACCAUAAGGCUCUCUUUCUCUUUAGGGACAUGCUACAGGCGGUUGUCAAACCAACCUCUGUCACAUUUGCCUGUGUAUUGAGCGCCUGUGCUGGCUCAGGUGCACUACAACAAGGUUGUCAAGUUCACUCCCAUCUUGUGAAAGAUGGAAGCCUCAUAUCCAAUGUCUUCGUGUCUACUGCCCUUGUCACAAUGUACGCUUGCUGCCAGCAGAUGGAGUGCUCUGUCAAAGUAUUUGAGGAGAGUCGCCAUCCUCGCCAGAGAAGCAACGUGGCCCUCUGGACAGCUCUUUUGAGCGGAUAUGGCCAAAAUGGUUGCCACCAAGAAGCCCUCCAUGUGCUGUGUAGCAUGAUGAGGUCAGGGGUGCAGCCCAACCCAUCGACGUUCACUAGUAGCUUGAAUUCGAGCACAAGUUUGGAGGAUCUCGAAAGAGGGAAGGUCAUCCAUGCAAAAGCCAUUGUUUCUAGACUAGAGAAGGACAUGUUUGUUAGCAAUUCUCUCGUAGUUAUGUAUUCCAAGUGCGGCACUAUAGAUGAUGCCCUUUCAGUAUUUAGCAGGAUGCAUAAAAUGAAUAUCGUCUCAUGGAACUCCAUCAUUGUUGGGUGUGCUCAACAUGGGCGUGCCAACAAUGCAUUGCAACUCUUCAAUCAAAUGGGAAACACCGGGGAGCUACGGGCAGACGCCAUCACAUAUAUUGGGGUCCUAACCGCGUGUAGCCAUGCAGGGCUGCUCCACGAGGGGCGCUGCCAUUUUGAACGGCUCAAGAGGGAUCCCUUUGUAGAAAUGCGGAUUGAGCACUAUGUAUGCAUGGUCGACAUCCUAGGUAGGUGCGGGCAGCUGCAGGAGGCCGAGGAGUUCAUCAAUAGCAUGCCACCAUCCAUGAUGAUGGUGAAUCCAAAUGCUACUUCAGUGUGGCUGGCACUGUUGAGUGCUUGUAGAAUGCACUCUAAUAUUAAGGUGGGUGUGAGAGUGGCCACAUCUAUAUUUGAUGUAGACCCAUGUAACACUGCAGCUCAUGUUCUUCUUUCCAACAUUUACGCCUCGGCCGGUGAUUGGGAUGGCGUCGCUCAAAUCCGGUGGGCAAUGAAAGAGAAAGGAGUUGAAAAACAGCCAGGACACAGUUGGAUUACAGUUAGGAACACUAGUUGUAAGUUCCUUGUGGGGUACACAUCUCACCCAAUGGCAAGGGAAAUUUAUGGAAUAUUAGAUUCAUGGUCUGCUGCGUUGAAAGAGCUUGGCUAUGUGUAUGAUAGGACUUCUGCCUUAGCAUGAUGUGCAGAUACCUAUAGAGGAUGUGGAGAUGAUUCCUGGAGAACCUUUUGCUCUUGGUCCUUUUCCAUGUGAACUAGCCUCCAUUUGUUAUUUUACAGGCUAGCUCUCUAACAUAGUUUAAAACUUUUUUGAGAGGAGAAGAAGAGAAGACGGAGCCUGCGAGUCAUGAACAUAUAUCGUGAAUAGAAAGCGUUUAACUUCGAUGGAACACAUGGGAGAGCACACAGAAGUUCCACCCAGAAAUAUUACCUGAAGUGGUUGGAUUUGUCGGUGGAGGGUGAAACAGGGCAAUGAAAAUUCGAUUUUGGUUUCAAAUCACGCAAACACAAGAAGAGGGAUCUUCCUGUUUUCAAGCACAUUAAAUGCACUGUCUCAAGCCCCUACUGAUAAUCAGUGUAUAUAUGUAUGUUAUCUGGCCAUAUUUGUUUAAAAGAUACUUAAAAACAGGACACCAAAUAUUUAACCAGAAAAAAACAGGACAUCAAACACUACACUUGUUCAUAUGCACAAGAACAAGAAGUUCAUAGAGCAUCAGAGUUGCAUUUCUUGAAAGACGCCCAACGUGGUGCACUGGCUCACUCACCUUGGCUGACAAGCUAAGUAUGGUGGGCCUCAAGCGCCAAGCCUUGUCUCCCCUUGGUUA